CGUCAACCGAACUUCAACUGUGUCUCUUUCUCGCAUUAACACAAGUGACAAUGUUCGCACCACGGGUCUACACCUACCACUGCAAAUUUUGCUCAAACCUCUUCCUAGCCUCAACACACGAAUUCAAGACACUUCCGAAACGUAAGCCUCCCGGUCGCAAUCGGGCAACCAUAGUCCCUCUCCCUCCACCACCAAAAUCCGAAAAGGAAGAAGAUUCUUCCGAUGCUGAAUCGUCUGAGGGAAGCUCCUCAUCUUCGGAGUCCGAAUCCGAAGCAGAGGGAGAAGACGUGCCCGGGCCAGAAGCUCCCUCGGAAGGCCCCCCGGAACAUAGAGAACUAAACCCCAACGAACCCCCUCCUCCAACUGCCCCCUUCGAUCCUGAGAAAACUGCUCUGGUAGAAGACACCGAAGUGACUAAAGAUGGCGCCGGUCCACCACCUAAGCCCCCCACUACUCGCCGGCGAAGGGAUAAAGACGACGACUACACGCUCCUACUUUCGCUCACUAAAGACCGGUCCGCAAAAAUUAUCGAUCGCGAAGAUGGAUUCGAAAAGAGGUGGAUAUGGCGGUGUGGAAGGUGCAGAUUGAUGGUUGGGUAUCAACUUGACGACGCGCACUUCUCACUAACCUCGAAUACCUACCCGAAUACUAUGGUUACGACGGGCGUGAUGGGUGGUGACGCUGGGGCGGAGAAGGACUGCGCGGAGAAGGAGAGGAAGCGGGCAGAGAGGAAGAGAAAGAGAUAUUUAUAUAUACUUCCCGACGCGUGUGUUCCGACGGAGGAGUUGGGGGAGACAGGCGCGAGUGGGCGGUAA